AUGGUUGCUCAACUGAAGACUUUUGGCGAUUUCGAUACUCACUUCAACAAGGACACUGAUGAGAUCACCGCUGAUGGUGUCUUGACUGUCUCCAAGGAAGGCAGAGCUAAGUCUCACUACCCAGACUUCUUGCCUCAGUGGGACCCAAACCAGAAGUUUCCUCCUUUGAAAUUUUUCAAGCACGAGGACCCUGGUCUUAGAGCUGACCCUAGCUUCCCAAACCUUCUUCCAAAGGAUGGUGAGCAGAAGGUCAAGAGAGUUACCCCAAAGUUGGGUACUCAGAUCACUGGCGUCCAGUUGUCGCUGUUGGACAACAAGGGAAAGGACGAGUUGGCUUUGCUUGUUGCCCAGAGAGGUGUUGUGAUCUUCAGAGAACAGGACUUUGCUGAGCACGGUCCUGCUUUCGCUACCAACUUCGGUAAGCACUUCGGUAGAUUGCACAUCCACCCAACCUCUGGUGCUCCAAAGGACCACCCAGAGUUGCACAUCACCUACAGAAGAGCAAACCCAACUGAGUUCGACAGAGCUUUCUCCGAGAGAGUCAACGCUAUCACUUGGCACUCGGAUGUCUCUUACGAGCUCCAGCCUCCAGGCGUUACCUUCUUCUCCGUUUUGGAGGGUCCGGAUUCCGGUGGAGACACCAUCUUUGCUGAUUCUGUCGAGGCCUACAAGAGAUUGUCACCAGAGUUCCAAAAGAGAUUGGCUGGGUUGCACGUUUUGCACACCUCUGGCGACCAGGCUCUGAGCUCUAGAAGAGCUGGUGGUGUCGAGAGAAGAAAGCCAGUUUCUCACAUCCACCCAUUGAUCAGAACCCAUCCUGUUACCAAGGAGAAGGUUAUUUUCUUGAACAGACCAUUCUCUAGAAGAAUCGUUGAGUUGAAGCAGGAAGAGUCUGACUACUUGUUGAACUUCUUGUACAACCACAUUGAGUUGGCCCACGACUUGCAGUUGAGAGCCAGCUGGGAGCCAAACACCGUUGUUGUCUGGGACAACAGAAGAGUGUCUCACUCCGCUGUUAUCGACUGGGACGAGCCAAUUUCCAGACACGCCUUCAGAAUUACUCCACAGGCUGAGAGACCAGUUGAGGAUUUGAAGGAUUUGAACAAGGAGGAAUUGGAACUCGGGGAUGUGGUUGAGGCUUUCUCAAACUUAAAAUAG